CUGUCCGCUCUCCUUCAGUUACCUGCUUUACCGCGCGGUGAUCGGUAAUGGGACCUAACAGAACGCGCUGACUUCUGGGGAGUCUUCCGUUUUUCCGGUAUGUUUGAGAGUUACCCCCGGCGUGCCGUCUGAGCACAGCUGGAGCGCGAGCGCUGUUCGCGGUGCUGAAAGCAUCCAGAGGCGCGAGGAGAGCAGAGCAGAGGUUCCCCGGCCUCUGGAGAGAGAUGAGGAAGAAGAGGCUCUCUGCGGCGGGCUGUCUACUCGCCUGGAAAGUAGUUCUGUUACUCAGUGACAGUGUGGGUCAGUGUAAGGAGGUGGACCAUGCUGCGAGGACGAGGCAGGUCCCGAUGUCUCCCUCUGACUUUCUGGACAAACUGAUGGGAAGGACUUCUGGAUAUGAUGCCCGGAUAAGGCCGAACUUCAAAGGUCCUCCAGUCAACGUUUCCUGCAACAUUUUCAUCAACAGCUUUGGCUCCAUCGCUGAGACCACCAUGGACUACCGAGUGAACAUCUUCCUCCGUCAGCAGUGGAAUGAUCCCAGGCUCGCUUAUUCGGAAUACCCCGAUGACUCUCUGGACCUGGACCCCUCUAUGUUAGACUCCAUAUGGAAACCAGAUCUGUUCUUCGCCAAUGAGAAGGGAGCCCACUUCCACGAAGUCACCACAGACAACAAACUGCUCAGGAUAUUUAAGAACGGCAAUGUUUUGUACUCAAUAAGGCUAACAUUAACUCUGUCAUGUCCCAUGGAUCUAAAAAACUUCCCAAUGGAUGUUCAGACAUGCAUCAUGCAACUGGAGAGCUUUGGUUACACCAUGAACGACCUGAUCUUUGAGUGGCAGGAGAACGGACCUGUUCAAGUGGCCGAGGGCCUCACGCUCCCACAGUUCAUCCUCAAAGAUGAAUCAGACCUCAGAUACUGCACCAAGCACUACAACACAGGAAAAUUCACUUGUAUCGAGGUGCGCUUUCACCUGGAGCGUCAGAUGGGCUACUACCUGAUCCAGAUGUACAUCCCCUCUCUGCUCAUUGUCAUCCUGUCCUGGGUUUCCUUUUGGAUCAACAUGGAUGCCGCUCCUGCCCGAGUGGCACUGGGCAUCACCACCGUCCUCACCAUGACGACGCAGAGCUCAGGCUCCAGGACGUCACUGCCUAAGGUCUCUUAUGUGAAGGCCAUAGACAUCUGGAUGGCUGUGUGUCUUCUCUUCGUCUUCUCUGCACUGUUGGAGUACGCCGCCGUCAACUUUGUGUCACGGCAACACAAAGAGCUGCUGCGCUUCAGACGGCACAACAAGAAUAAGAGCAAGGAAGUACAUGAGAGCAGGCUGACCUCUGCAGCUGCCGUGACCUCCACUCCCAGCAACAGCAAGGACUCGAAGGCCAGCGCCAACAACGCCGUGACUGCGCUGAACACCCCGGGAGCCACAACGAACACUACCCAGAAUGCACCUGGAGUAGGUGGUGGGGGUAAAAGCACGGAAGAAAUGAGGAAGCUAUUCAUCGACCGAGCCAAAAAGAUUGACACUGUGUCGAGGGCCGGCUUCCCUCUGGCCUUCCUCUUCUUCAACAUAUUCUACUGGGUCCUGUACAAGAUACUGCGACAUGAAGACGUGCAUAAGCAGUAGAGACAGAAAGAACACCAGUUAUUCAUAUACUCUGUGCACACACAAGCAUCUGUGUACUUCAUAAGAGGACACUUCAUCAGCUACAUUUGUUUCCUUUUCCCUUAACCUCAGCCCUGCGAGCAGUCAGGAUGACCUCUGUACUUAAAUCUGUGACAGCAUGAAGAAUUAGCGGAGGAUAGAAUAGUCAGAUCUUAAAAUGCCUGAAAACCAUGAACAACGUUAAAAAUAAUCUGAUAAUAAUUCUGAUAAUCUUUGAUAAGAAUUCUGUGACUAGUUUUGUGGCAUUAAAGUUAAAAAUGAGAGGGAGUAUUGAAGAGCGCGUGGCAGACGUGACUAGCACAGAAAGCUCUCGUUUAUGACUGAGUCAUAACAGCCAUGUGGAAUUUAUUAUUUCUGGUCUAAUGAUA